ACAGAUGAUAAAUACAUGUACAUAUGUACUACCUAGCUAUAUAUCUAGUUUCUUUUUGUAAAAAGGCUUGAUGAGGAGGUGAGUUGUGCAGGAUGGAGAAGCAGGGCACGUGCAUUACUAUCUACUUAACAUCUUCAUCACAGAUUAAUGAAGUAUAUAUAUUAGAUAGUUCUUCAUGUGCCCAGCUUUUCCACCAAGCACACCCCACCUAAUCUACAGCGCAGCUGAUCGAUCUCCGCAUUGCGAUCACCGCGAAUAUGUUCGGCCGACAUGCCCCGCGAUCGGCUUAACAGACGGCGACUUCGCAGUCACGAACGCCAACAGCGCCAUGCUGCUCAAGGUCAAGUGCGUCUUCUUCGCACUCCAUGAGGACCGCAUCCUCGUCGACACCGCAGGCAACUCCCUUCUCUCCAUUCAAGCCAAGAUAUUAACAUGCAUGGCACGAUCGAUGGAGAGUGUUUAGAGGAAAAGGCACUGAAGAGAAAGAUUUGCAUUUUAAUUAGUGUGAAAAAAUCUGCAGAAAUUCAGUUUAAAACUGAGAUGUUUACUUAGCCACGAAAACAAGCGAAGAAAUCUGCGAUUUUAAGAUCAACAGUAGCUAUUUCAUAAGAUCGUUCCCCAUCUACCUCGGUAGAACGAACACCGUUAUCAUACAAGUGCCUUUUUCUUUGGUUCUGAGUUAUAAAGCAGCUUUUCUAUUCGAGAAGUAGAACACAUGCACUUUAAACAGGCAAAUCAAACUCAUGAUCAUACGAACUUAUAGGAUUUUGUACUGACUCUAAUAUCAUAUUAUCUCAUCGAUCGUGAUCGUCAAUGAGAUUGACACAAAGGAUUCGGAUUAAUGAGUUCUUCGCGCAUUUUUUUUUAUUAUAAAAAGAUAGCAUGCUAUCCGUUUUGUUUAUUUCUUUUAGAAAUAAGCUUACCUGAAAAUGGGAAUCAAUUAGGAUUCGAACUUAGGACUUCAGGUACCAACUACCAAGCCCUUUCUCAUUUCGCACACAUUUUUAUACGAUCCUAUUUAUGGGUUUGCAUAACAUUUCGUUGUGUGAUACCGACUAUUCCAAAUGUAAGUGGCAAAGGAAUUGGUGAUUAGUACUGAAGUCCCAAGUUCGAAGUCUCGUUGCUUCACAUUUAUUUAUAGUUAAGUUUAUUUCUAAAAAAAAUGAACGAAGCAUGUAAAAUACUACCUCUCUCUCUCUAAAAAAAAAAAAAAAAAUAAACUUUUCGUUGUGUGAUCAUGUAAAGCCAUAUAUGUUGUAAAAAAUGUGACACCUAUUUAUCAUAUAUAUAUUUUACAUGUCCCAAAUGUGUACUCCUAGCAUUAAUUAAUUUCGGUUACAAAAUUUCAGAAAUUCAAAUUGGGUCAAUCUAAACCCCAAGCCCAACCCGAAUAUACUUUGGGCUAGCUUGCACUCGAUCUUUCUCGAACCCAGCCCAAUUUCAAAACCCAAUAGGCCACAUUUUUUGGCCCGUUGUCGUUGUAGGAUUACUACCUUUUAAGCUCAGGUCUAAACUAAUUAUUCAAGAGAUUAAAAGGAAGAGUAGUAAUAUUCAACCAUAAAUGUUGAUUAAAUAAUUUAUCUAAAAUGAUUUUAAUUAUAAUCACUUGUGUUAUGUAUAGACUAGUUAGGCUUAGUUUGGUAUUGAGGUUUAUCUAACGUUAUUAGAUUAAAUAGAGUUAGAAAAAAAU